AUGCCAAAAUAUGGCCAGCUUUUCAUACUUGAUGCUAAUGAAGCGACAAAUCAUCGACUUAAUAUGAAUUCUAAUUUAAAUGCAGAAGUUAUUCAAGCAAUUGGGAAUGUAAUGAGACAGCAUAAUUUAUUUGUUCAUUCUUAUCAAAUGAUGAAAGAAGAAUUGGAGGCCAUGACAAUAGUAAAUGGCGGUAAGGAACCUGAAUUAGAAUUAUUAUUCACACUAAAAAAGGGACAAGAUAAAAGACGUUUCAAUUUUCAAAGAGUUAACGAAGUUGCAGCAAUUUUUUCAACUACAGCAGAUGGUGAAAUUCCAGAGUCAUAUGUUACAGUACGUAAUAAGAAUACCAAAAAUUUGCAAUACGUUAGCUCUAUGGACGCAAAUGUUGAACCUUGGACAUAUCCAUUAUUUUAUCCUUAUGGGAAUAGAGGUUGGCAUGAUGGUCUUAAAAUGGUUGGCAGUACACGCAGAGUUACUAGAAAUGCUUACAUAAAACACUUAAUAGCUAUUCGACAAUACCCGAAUUACAUUUUAAUGGGACGCCGCUUAUUUCAGCAGUGGAUAGUAGAUCAUUAUGUUAAAACAGAGAAAGAUAAAAUGACUUUCUUAAAAAACAAUCAAAAACAGUUACGUGCUGAUUCGUAUGAAGAACUUUUACAACAUUUAGACAAUUGUUCAGAAAAUACAAACAACCGCAUUGGAAAAGUUGUUAUUCUUCCAUCUACGUACACAGGAUCACCAAGAUAUAUGCAACAGAACUAUCAAGAUGCAAUGGCUAUAGUACGAAAAUUUGGCAAACCUGAUUUGUUUAUUACAAUGACUGAAAUUGUUGAUAAAUUUAUUUCAGCUGAAAUUCCAGAUCCUACUGAAAAUUCUAGAUUACAUAAAAUCGUCGAGGCUAAUAUGAUUCAUGGUCCUUGUGGAGAUUGGUGUUUAGAUAAUAACGGUAAAUGUUCCAAAAAUUAUCCACAAAAAUUUAAUGAUCAAACAAAUAUGGAUGAAGAUGGUUAUCCACAUUAUAAGCGACGAAACACAGGAAGUUAUACACGUCGCGAUGGAUUUACAUAUGACAAUCGAAAUGUUGUACCGCAUAAUAGAUAUCUUUUGAUGGUAUUAAAUUGUCAUAUUAAUGUUGAAGUUGUAACAAGCAUUAAAGCAGUGAAAUAUCUUUAUAAAUAUAUUUAUAAAGGGCAUGAUGCUGCAUCUGUUGUAAUUCAGGAAUCACAAAGCAAUGAAGACCUAGGUGUUAUUGAACACGACGAAAUAAAAAAUUAUGUUGAAACUCGAUAUGUUAGUCCACCCGAAGCAUGUGGACGUAUUUUGAGCAAUCAUUUACAAGGUAAAAGUCAUACAAUCUACCGUCUUCCUGUUCACUUACCAAAUCAACAAACUGUUUUAGUAGAAAAUAUUGAUGAUCCAAAUUCAAUUAGAUCUGCACUGAACCGAUCAACAGAACUCACGGAAUAUUUUAAUAUAAAUAAAAGUGAUGCAGAAGCUAGAAAAUACACUUAUUCGGAAAUGCCAUCACAUUAUGUAUUUAAGAAAGAAAGAGACUCCUCCUUUUGGCAAAAACGCAAAAAGCAAUUUAAUACUUUGGGCCGUAUGUAUUCUGUCAGUCCGUCUCAAAUAGAAUUAUUUCAUUUGAGAUUGUUAUUAAACACAGUAAAAGGAGCAACAAGUUUCGAAGAUUUAAGAACAGUGAAUGGUAUAGUACAUGAGAGUUUUGUUGCAACAUGUUUAACACUAGGCUUAAUUGAGGAUGAUAAUGAGUGGAAAAAUGCUAUGCAUGAGGCAGAAGUUUGGAUGAUGCCUAGACAAUUACGGCACUUAUUUGUCCGAAUUUUGAUACAUUGCCAACCUUUACAUCCAGAAGAAUUAUGGGAAGAAUUUAAAAAUGCAUUAUCUCAAGAUUACUUGAGAACAAUGACUGAGAACUUUGCGCAUAGGAAAGCAUACAUUCAUAUAAAUACGUUACUUGCUGCCGAAAAUUUAAGUAUUUCAAAUUUUCCAACAAUGCCACAAACAGUAGAAACUAUAAAUGACAUUGAAAGCGAAAUAAUGCUUGAACAACAUCAAGCAGUUGGCACUGAACAAUAUCAAAAACUUAAUGAGAGACAAAAAGAAAUUGUAGAUAUCGUUUUAAAUACAGUAAAUAAUGAAGUAGCGAAUGAUAAUAUAUGUCGAUCUUUUUUUAUUGAUGGACCUGGAGGAUCUGGAAAAACAUUUGUUUAUACAACUUUAUACCAUUUAUUAGAAAGUCAAGGGAAAAAAGUUUGUACUAUGGCAUUUACUGGCAUUGCAGCUACCUUACUUCCUUAUGGUAAAACUGUGCACAAAACUUUUAAGUUACCAAUUUUAAUUUACACUGAUUCAUCUCCAACUAUUAAGGCACAAUCUAAAGAGGCAGAAUAUUUAAGAAGUGUUGACGUAUUUUUUUGGGAUGAAGCUCCAAUGGCCCCAAGACAUGCAUUAGAAUUGGUUGACCGCACGUUGAGAGACAUUAUGAAUAAUAAUAAGCCUUUCGGAGGCAAAAUAAUGGUACUUGGAGGUGAUUUUAGACAAUUAUUACCAGUUAAACAAAUGCUAUUCGCAGCGAAUUAG